AUGGAACUUUGCUGGCAGAAGUUGAAGGACCUGUUUGAGUUUCCUGCUGGAUUUGAUGAAGAGGUUACAAAGGAGAGGGCAUUCUUUAUCAUGGGCAACUCAUUCAAGUAUUUUAGAAGUCGUAUGAGGAGGAAUGCCAAAAAAGAAUUAGAGAUGCAACGUCUGAUGGAGGCUGUUCGACAUGAAAUGAAAGAAAACAAUCAACAUUUUCUUCAAGAGCUUGAGGAGAUAAUGAAGAACUGUCCUUGGGCACAAGAUGAUGAUGCUGUGGUCGGGGUCAUCAGCCCAGACCGGGUGACCAUUGAUGCAGUAACUAAGACCAGGUAUCGUGCAGUUGAGUUAGAUCACCCAGAGGAUGAGGAUAUGAAGACACUGGGGGAGAACUUGGGUUGCCAAGUUUUUUUUGGCUCAAGCGCUACAUGUCCUUUGGCUCGGAUUCCAAAUCCGACGAUGAUAUGGAUGAUGAAGACUCGGAAGACAUGCACCAAUACAGGGGACCAAUUCAAGGCAUUGUCUAAAUUUUACCAAAAGUUGGCCCUAGACAUUCAUAUCAUGAGCUUGUGGACCAUGAAGGAGGCAGACUUCUGCAGUGCGCAACAGAUUCAAAUAGGCUUCUUGAACCUAGUGGUAUGCAAUCACGGGACACUAAAGUACACUAGCACCAUAGAUGAAUUGGCAAAGAGCUUCCAUCUCAACAAAUCCCGUAGCAUACUUCUAUCCUACAACCGCGUCGGCGACCAUCAUGUCCUUCUUGACAUCAGUGUAGAGAGGACCACUGUCAACGAUUACGACUCUCGAGGGAGCCAACUAGAGAACAUCCAUCCCUUCAUUGAGGCGCUGAACAAGGCCUACGAGAAGUUCAAGUCAAGGUCCAAGAAACAUCGUGAGGUUGGCAGAUCUAGGUUUCAAGUAGUAUCGGUUGGUUCGAUCCAAAUGCAGCCUGCGGGCAAUGAUCUCUGCGGGUUCUAUGUCAUGCAUUACAUGUGCAGCCUCAUAAAUGCUUUCUCCGGCUCACAGACUGAAGUGUCAUCUACACCAGAGCUGACUGAUUUGGAGAUAUUUGGGUUCCAAGAAGAUCUUUCCGGUUUCAUUUUAGACAAAGUCGUGAACCCCAAAGGAGUCCAUCACCUUCUCUAA